AGUAAUUGAGGACUGCUUAGAAACGAAACCUGACAGCCUACCAGAUUUUCAUGGUUCCUUAAUCCUUAAGAAUCCCGAUUUGCCAGGAAAAUGCGAAGAAGGAUGACACAGACAUGCUUUAUUGGUUCAACUCCUUCUAGACUAGAUUGACUGCCCAUCAUCACCAAAUAUCUGAACAGUCUCGCCAUAGCUUUCAGCAACCAAAAGUCUCCAACCGCCGCGCAGACACGGAGAUACAUACAAUUCACUGCAGGUUUAUACACCGUGAUCCGACCCGGAUUGUUGGGGAAGAAUGGCGAACGACCAGUACAUGCACAAAAUGCAGGCUCGGCAGAGCUAUCGCAACCACUGGCACACCGAUCUCAUGAAUGCCACUUUGGCAGAUCCUCUCUAUUGCUGCUUCUCUGUUUGCUGUGCUCCGUGUGCUUCGUACCUGCUACGCAAGAGAGCUCUUUACAAUGACAUGUCUAGAUAUACAUGUUGUGGGGGGUAUAUGCCUUGCAGCGGCCGUUGUGGAGAAAGUCAUUGCCCUGAACUUUGUCUUUGCACUGAGGUAUUUUGUUGCUUUGCGAAUUCAGUUGCCUCUACACGCUUCAUUUUACAAGAUGAAUUCAACAUACAGACGACACAGUGUGAUAAUUGCAUAAUCGGAUUCAUGUUCUGCCUACAGCAGCUGGCAUGCAUAUGUAGCUGUAUAGCUUGCAUUGUUGGAAGUGAAGAACUUAAUAAUCUAUCUCAGAUGUUGAAUUGUUUAUCAGACACUGUUUACUGCUCGGUUUGCUCCUGUAUGCAGACACAGCACAAAGUUGAAAUGGAUAAAAGAGAUGGCAAAUUUGGAAGACCACAAGCACCAUUGGCAGUCCCUCCUGUUCAACAUAUGUCUCGUAUAGAUCAGCCCCUCCCUCCUCCAGCAGGAUCUGGACAGCCGCCCCCCGCUUACCCGCCCCAACAGCAGGGAUAUGUUUACCCGCCGCAACCUGGGCAGGGCUAUAGUUACCAACAACCAGGACAUGGCUAUGGGUAUCCUCCUCCACCACCAGGUCAGGGCUAUGCCUACACGUCAACACCUCCGACCCAAGGAUACCCAUUGCCUAAUUAUCCCCCGCCUGCCAUGUAACUUAACACAUCAGUGGCACUACAUUUUUUUGUGCAAAAACGAAGAUUCAUCAUUAUUUUCAUAAUAAAAAGAUGUCCUGUUUCUUUCCUUCUUUCUCGUACAUACUAUGUAUCAAAUAGCAACAAUUUUCAGGCCAUGUGAGAAAACUAAUAAUAUCUUUACUAGUUUCUACAAACAGCUUACAGUAAUGCUUUUAUAUGUUUCACAUGAUUAACUUUGGAAUAGGUUGAUUUCUA